GCUAACGCGCGCGCACCUUUCGUCACUUUUCUAAUUACUUAUACUUUCUUGUGCACUUUUUUCUUAUUUUAGCUGCUUGCUGCUGACAUUACAUGCGCAUAUAUAUAUGUCACACGUCACACCAGAGAAGAAAUGAGAGUUGAUGAGAGUGCUCACCACGGUCGGGUUUUGCGUGUUCAACAACACCAUACUAGUGCUGCCCCCAACUUUUUCUUUAUUAGUUUUGGUACACUUUGGCAGCACGAUCGAACUGGGGACGGGGACGCCUGGGCUUUCAUUUCCAUAUUAUACGCAUCACUGAUAACGACGUCAACGGGUCAUACUGGAUCAUACUCUACUCCUCUACUCUACUGUCAUACCUUCGUGGUGUCAUCGUCGUCGUCGUCGUCGUCGUCGUCGUCGUUGUUUGGCUGCUGGGCUGGGUAUACAUACACUGUACACAGUCCGCGGCGAACGGUGGCGAACGUUACUAUCGGUGGUGGUGCAGCGUCCUCUUGGUAUCCCCUUUUUCUUUUCUGUAAGUUUUAAUCAUAACCAAUAUACAUCGAAUAUGAAAGAUGAGACAUGCGAAUGAACUUGUGAGCAGCAGGAAGCAAACAAAUUAUAUGUACCAAUAAGAAAAUCAUAUUUCGUUCGAGGUGAAUAGCUCGUAUUGAAAUGGGUACGGUAGAGUACGGUUUUCCAAUGAUCGGCGGUUUAAUGCCACAAAUUCAAGCCCUUAUAGCACCACCCGUAUCGGAGGAUUCUAAAGUGGCGAAAAGUAAAAAGGAUAGGGAGGAGAAGAAGCAUCCAUACUUUAAGAGAAGAGGACGUGGUCACAACAGAGAUAUUUGCGAUGCCUGCCGUGAUGGAGGAGAGCUUAUAUGUUGUGACAAAUGUCCCGCGUCUUAUCAUUUGCAGUGCCAUUACCCAGCAGUGGAUCCGGCAGAUAUUCCUAACGGAGAGUGGUUGUGCUACGCUUGUAGAUGCGCGUCAAAAAGAAAUCUCUUGGACCAGAAGGGAAAUGAGAAAGAUAAGAAGAAAUCCGCGUUGGAAGUGUUGGCACUGGCAGCAUCGUUGGUCAAUCCGAGAGAAUUCGAAUUACCUAAGGAACUUCAAUUGCCAAUUAUGUUUCCUGGUAGCAACAAGGUAGAUUAUGUUUCAGGUAGAAGAGGAAAGCAAACAAGCGGUAAUAACAAUGUAGGAAAAAGUCACUGCUUAGACAACAAUUUAAUGGUACCUUUGCCAGCACGAUUGUGCUUCGAAUGCGGUCGUAGUUGUCGGAAAGCGCCGUUGAUAGCAUGCGAUUACUGCCCGUUGUACUUCCAUCAAGAUUGCUUAGACCCACCGCUCACCGCUUUUCCCAUCGGAAGAUGGAUGUGUCCCAAUCAUCCGAAUCAUUUCAUAGACCAGAAUCUGUUAACGUCUUGUAGAGUGACGGAACGCAUUAAACUUUGGGACAAAUACGCCAAUCAACGUAUAGAUCAGCACGCGGUCAAAUUGGACUUUUUGCGUAAAGCACGAGCGACGAACCCGCUCUUUCGCACGAAAGUCAAAUUAGAGGGACGGACGAGAGUAAGAGUACCCUAUUCUGUAAAGUUCCACUACGAAAAUCCACCGGAAUUAGAUCCAGUGCAAUUUUAUCAUGACGCGGUGAUAAGGCCGACGACGGUCAAGGAUACGAAAUGCGUGCAAACGGAGAGUGGUGCGGAGGUGGUAGAAAAAUCGUCGGAGGAGCCGAUGGAGGUGGGAAAGGAAGAGAACGAUCGAGUAAAAGGGGCGGAGGAGAAAGAGCGACAGGCGGCAAGUAGUGACGUUAAGCAGGAAGAGAGUGUACAUUUAGUAGAAGAUCCAAAUGAAAAUGGACAUAGAAACGACAUCGAAUAUCAUGCCGAACGGUUUGGCUACGAUGCCAAGGAAGGUGUACAGUUACUGGAGAGACCGGUACUGGAAGCAUUGGCGUUACAACGACUGGAACAAAUAUUAGAUCCGGACGGAGAAAACUACGAUACGAUCGACUGCCAGACGAUGGCCAGGGCAGCGUUGUUUUCGUUAAACCACAAACCAAAACCGCCAGCUUUCAUGGUCCAUAAAACUUUGACCAUCGGCAGUGGCCCCAACUGCGAUUUAAUUCUAUCCGACUAUGGUAAUUGUAGCUUUACGUCCUCGAAACACGCUAUUAUUUUCUUCGAUGAGAGCACCAAACGUUACGAAUUAUUGAAUUACAGCGAAUACGGGACAGUGGUCGAUAACGUGCUUUACUCUUGUAACUACACAGCGGGAAUCGUGGGGACCGAGGUGAAAGAGGAGGCCGAUGAGAAAACGCAGGCGGCGUCCAAAGAAGUGGAAACGACGGACGCGGUGAGAUCUAUCAUAAAAGAGAGAACUCUGUCUCGGGAGCAAGCAGAAGAAACGAGAGUGUCGUGUAAAUGUAACAAGUUGACAAAGCACAAGGCAAAAAAUACAGAUCGGUUGGAAGAAGGUUGGGAAGGAAGUGCCAUCGUCGCUCACGGGUCGACUCUGUCGUUCGGAUGUUUGAUCUUUGUAUUUAAUACGAUAAAUGCGCAUCUAAAUCCUUACGGAUGAAACCUUACGAUU